AUGGACGAAGCCAUGAGAAUUGUUUCAUUUUUCAGAUUUCUAAGCAUUGCAACCAUUACUACCAUUAGCUUAUGCAAUGGAAAUUUGGAUGUGCCUUGUAAACAAAAUGAGAGACAAGCACUUCUAAUGUUCAAGAAAGAUCUUGAAUAUCCUUCAAAUAGGCUUUUAUCUUGGGUUGGUGAGGGAGAUUGUUGCAAUUGGACUGGAGUUGUCUGCAACAAUUUAACCGGUCAUGUCCGUGAGCUGCACCUUGGAAAUUAUUAUUCAGAUGAGUAUCUGAAUUACAGCUUGUAUCAAGAAAACUCUUUGGGUGGCAAGAUUCCUAGCUUCUUAGGUUCUCUUAGAAGUUUAAGAUAUCUUAACCUCUCAGACUCAAAGUUCGCUGGAAUAAUUCCGCAUCAAUUGGGAAAUCUCUCGAGUCUACGCUCUCUAGGACUCCGGAGUAAAAGCUACUACUCGAUGAAGGUUGAAAAUCUCCAAUGUCUUUCUGGUCUUUCGAGCUUGCAGAACCUGGACAUGAGUCGUGUAGAUCUUAGCAAAGCAUCUGAUUGGUUUCAGGUGACAAACACACUCCCCUCUAUGUUGGUAGAGUUGCAUAUGUCCGGUUGUGAACUCAAUCAAAUACCAGUUGGUGUUGCAAACAUGACAAGGCUUGAAGUUCUUAAUCUCAGGUUGAACAUCAUCUGGGGUACCAUACCUCAAUGGUUGUGCACUUGUACCAAUCUUGAGUCCCUAUCCCUUUAUUUGAAUCUCUUGCGAGGUGAAAUUUCAAGUUCCAUUGGAAACUUGACAGCCAUUGUCAGUCUUGACUUGUCUGCUAAUCAACUUAAAGGAAAAAUCCCAAACUCAUUGGGAAAUCUUUGUAAGUUGACGGUUCUUGAUCUGUCAAGGAACUAUUUCAAUGGAAGCCUAUCAAAAAUAUUGGGAAGCUUGUCAAGGUGUAGUUCAGGUCAAAUGGAGUCACUGAAGCUGUCAACAAAUGAUUUUUCAGCUGGGAAAUUUCAGACAUUUACGCCUCCUUACUCUUUUGAGUAA